AUGUGUAACAUAUCUCCGCGUAGCUCUGGUAAACUGAAGCAUCUCGUCAAGUCCAUGCCAAAACAAGAUGAUGAGUGGCUUAUCCUAUUCCACGAGAAGAUCAAGACUGUCUUCGAGGCUGGAUCUUCUAUCACGAUCCCUAAGCCACCUGCCAUUAAUGAAAUAUUCAACAGCUACUUUCAGAAUCGCAUAACCAGAGACUUUGAUGAAAAUCAGCUAGCUCCUCAUCCAUUUCAAGAAGAGCAUUCGAUUCACGCGAAGCUCACUCACAGAAUCGAUAUGGUGAAGUGUUUCGAUUACCUGCAUGUUUAG